AUGCAUUUCCAAACCGCCACGAUUGCCGCCGCCCUGGCCACCCUUGCCGCUGCGCAGACCCUCAACAUCCCCACCCGCUCGGGCGACAUCACAUCCCUCCCACAGCCCAGCACCAUCUCCGGCGUCAAUGACUACGCCAACAAGGAGUUCGACCGUGGACAGCCCUGCGACUCUGAUGAGGACACCGGAUCUGAGAACGCCGUCUUCAUCCUCAAAGACGGCGCAACCCUGAGCAACGUCAUUAUUGGAGGCGACUCUCUCGAGGGUGUCCACUGCGAGGGUGCCUGCACGCUGAAGAACGUCUGGUUCAGAGAUGUGUGCGAGGAUGCCAUCACUCUGAAGGGUGACGGUGACGUUCUCAUCGAGGGCGGUGGUGCCCAGGAGGCCGUAGACAAGGUCGUCCAGAGCAACGGAAGGGGCACAUGCACCAUCAAGGACUACACCGUUGUCAACGUAGGCAAGCUCUUCCGCUCAUGCGGAAACUGCAGCAACAACGGCGGCCCACGUAACGUUAUCGUCCAGAACAUCAAGGCCAACGGCGUCAAGGCCGAUCUGGUCGGCAUCAACAGCAACUACGGCGAUGUGGCCACCAUCUCGGGAUCGUGCGGGACUGGCGUCAAGAGCGUCUGCCAGGAGUACAAGGGAAUUGAGAAGAACGGCGGCGAGGACCCAGUCAAGGUUGACACCACUGCUAACUGCAAGGGUGCUCAGGGUCUCCUUGACUCGCUCCCAAGUUGUUAA